AUGCAACAUCUGCAACUGGAAAUCAUCUUGCUGUGCUACUUCGCCAUGCCGCAUUUGCUACAAUUUAUAAUUCUGUUAAAUCCAAUAUUUUUUUGUUCAAAGGUCUCGAAAGGUCUGAAUGAUGAUGCCAAAAAUAAACUCCUUGGUGUAGCUGAUGUCACAAAAGAAUACACUCUGGAAGCACUGGUGCCGAAGUUAGAUUCAGCAUCAACUGCGACACCAAUCAAAGAAAUUCAAAACGGAAGAAUUUUGGGAGGAAAACCUCUUACGGCAGCUACAUUCCUGCCGCCGUUUACUGCCUAUGUCUUUAUUCAAUCCUUCAAUCUUGCUGGGGUUGUUAUACAGGAUUGUGGUGGUGUAAUUUUGUCGCCCAAUUGGGUGUUGACAGCCGCCCAUUGCGUCGCGCUGGCCAGAUCUAUUACUGUCUUUGCUGGGACAAUAACGAAUCCGACGGCAAGCAACGUUAAAAGUGAAGCCACGCCUCUAAUUCAUCCUGAUUUUUCACUCAACUUAGUUACAAAUGACAUCGCUCUGCUUAGUUUAGAAACGCCGUUUACUCUUAGUGGAACUGUCGGGACAGCUCUACUGUCAACCGUCAAUGCGACCGAUGCGUUGGAAUUGGACAAUAUUUUGUUUACGACAAUGGGAUUCGGUCCUGCUGAUGACACAUCUCUUGUGGCCGCGAAGCCAACACUGAAUGUUAUCGAUAUGCAGAAUAUGAAUAAGGAGACGUGCAACUUACACACAAUAGGAAUUUUUGUGGAGUACCCAGAAAACACGGGAUGUUUGAGCACCGCUUCCGGAACUAAAGGAAUCUGCUAUGCUGAUGAAGGCGGACCUGUAUUUUACACAUCUCCAGAUGAAAACACGGGUCAAAUAAUCGGCAUCAACUCUCAAAUGUUGGGCUGCCCACGUCGACAACCCAGUUCAUUUACCUGGAUUCAUCCCUACAUUACCUGGAUCGAAUCCACGACUCUUGAAAAUUUUUCGAAGGUGCAACAUAUCUGCAAUCUUGCUGCUGCCGCCGGCUUCACCAUGCGUUCCUCCCUGUGGAUUGUUGUGCUUGCUAUUCUUGCGCAGGCUUCUGCUAGAGUCUCAAAAUGUCUGAAAGAAGAUGCUGAAAAAACAGGCAACCUUGAUGUAGAGGAUUUCACUCUGGAAGCACUGCUGGCAGAAGCCAAUUACACAGAAACCGAAAUCUUUCUCUCGAAGUUAGAGAGCAUCACGAAUUCUGGAGUUGAUUCAACAACUGCGACGCCGAUCAAUGAAAUUAAAAACGCAACUAAUGGAAAGGGAAGAAUUUUGGGAGGAAAACCUCUUACGGCUGCUACAUUCGUGCCGCCGUACACUGCCUAUGCAUUUGUUCGAGCCUUGAAUGCUGCUGGGGGUGUUAUAAGGGAAUGCGGGGGUGUAAUUUUGUCGUCCGUUUGGGUGUUGACAGCCGCUCAUUGCGUCGCGCUGGCAAAAGAUAUUACCGUCAUUGCUGGGGAGACUGAGAUUUCGAUCUUACCCCUUGUAAAAAGUGGAGCCAAGGCGAUAAUUCAUCCCGAUUUUAGACUGAACUUCUUGACAAAUGACAUUGCUCUGCUCAGAUUAGACACGCCGUUUGCGCUUAGUGGAACUGUCGGGACAGCUCUUCUGUCAACCGUCAAACCCACCGCUGCGUUGGACAAUAUUGUGUUUACGACAAUGGGAUUCGGUCCACCUGGUGACGCAACCGUUUUGGACGUGGUGCCAGUACUGACUGUUGUGGAAAUGCGGAAUAUGAAAAAGGCAUCGUGCAACGCACCGGCAAUUGGAGUUUUUGUGACGUACCCAGGAAACACGGGAUGUUUGAGCACCGAGACCGGAAAAAAAGGAAUCUGCUAUGCUGACCCUGGUGGACCGGUUUUUCACACAUCUCCAGAGGAUAUCACUGCCAAAAUUAUUGGCAUCAACUCUCAAUAUAUUGGCUGCCCAAGUCAACAACCCAGCUCGUUCACCUGGAUUUUUCCCUACAUUCCCUGGAUCCAAGCCAAGACUUUUAAAAAAUUGACGUGAUGCUGCGGACAUAAUUAUUAUUUAUUCCUAUGCUAUUUGAAGGUGGGACUCUUAAUAAAUAAUUUUUAACUGAAA